UAUUAUACAAGAACAAUCAGCGGCCGGCGGAAGAUAGAGUUAGAGAGAGAAAGAAGAAGCAAAUCAAGCUCCGAAAAUGGCGGCAGCUAAAGCUGCGUGCUUGAACCACGUCUCAAGAGAGUCGUCAGACAUUAACCGCCUCUCCAAAUUCUACCAGGAGAUUUUUGGUUUUGAGCAGAUAGAGAGUCCUAAGCUUGAAUUCAAUGUGAUAUGGCUGAAACUGGGCCCAUCUUUCUUUCUGCACAUCAUCGAGAGGAACCCAGAGACAAAGCUUCCGGAAGGACCGUGGAGUGCCGUCUCGGCCGUCGCUGACACUAAGAAUCUCCCCAGAGGUCAUCACAUCUGCUUCUCCGUCUCCAAUUUUGAUUCAUUUGUUCAAACCCUCAAGGAGAAGGGAAUCGAAACACACCAGAGGGCCCUGCCAAAUGGAAAGAUCAAGCAAGUAUUCUUCUUUGAUCCAGAUGGGAAUGGCUUGGAGGUUGCAAGCCGUGAAGAUCCAGAACAGUAAGCUGGGGUGUUCCAUAUGCAAGUGGACCUGAUAGAAUGAAUCGAUUGCGAACAACAGAUGAAUUUAUGUUGACAUGUAAUUACAUAAGAGGUCAAAAAAAUCCAAAGACCCUAAAUUUGGAUGAUUUGUGCUGUAAAUGAAUGAACUUGUAAUGGGUAUUGUAUAUGACUUGCACUCCAAUUGGUACUUUUACCUCCUCUUCUUGUUUGGGAUAAUUUUAUCUGCAUUAUAUUCUAUGUUCUAGUACUACUUAUAUU